GCUCCUCCUCCAAUCCGAGCUCUGCUUCUUUCGGACGCCAUGUUGUUUCGGAAUAGCGGUGUGAAUAUUACGUUGUAGUCUUUACGGCUAGUUUACAAUUCAGUUACUAACUGAAACUCUCAAUCGAGGAGAAAUAGUCUGUGUGAAGAAAAUGUCACUUUCAACGGCGCGUUCCUUCUUAUCGGAAGCCGGUUAUGGGGAGCAGGAGUUAGAUGCUAAUUCGGCUCUUAUGGAGCUGGACAAAGGCCUUAGAUCAUGCAAACUUGGGGAACAGUGUGAAGCCGUGGUCCUCUUUCCCAAACUGUUCCAGAAGUAUCCGUUCCCCAUACUCAUCAACUCUGCCUUCCUUAAACUUGCUGACAUUUUCAGACUUGGAAACAACUUCCUCCGGCUGUGUGUGUUGAAGGUGACCCAGCAGAGUGAGAAACACCUAGAGAAGAUCCUGAAUGUCGACGAGUUCGUUAAAAGAGUCUUUUCUGUUAUCCACAGUAACGAUCCAAUAGCCAGAGCCAUCACACUCCGAAUGCUGGGCAGCCUGGCGUCUAUCAUCCCCGAAAGGAAAAACGCUCAUCACAGCAUUCGCCAGAGCCUGGACUCACACGACAAUGUAGAAGUGGAGGCCGCAAUCUUUGCAGCAGCCAGUUUCUCGUCCCAUUCCAAAGAUUUUGCAGCAGGGAUAUGCAACAAGAUCAGUGAGAUGAUUCAAGGCUUGGCCACUCCAGUGGAACUGAAGCUGAAGCUGAUCCCCAUGCUCCAGUACAUGCACCACGAUGCAGCGUUGGCUUCCCGGAGCAGAGAGCUGCUGCAAGAGCUUGUAUCUUCGUACCCCUCUACGCCCAUGGUGAUCGUUACACUGCACACCUUCACGCAGCUUUCCCUCUGUGCUCUCAUGCACAUUCCCAAACAGAUUGAUUUACUUCUGCAGUAUCUAAAAGAAGACCCAAGAAAAGCUGUGAAAAAACUCGCCAUCCAGGACCUGAAACUCCUUGCUAAGAAAGCUCCUCACAUGUGGAGCAGAAAGAACACACAGACGUUGUGUGAGAGUGCCCUCAGCACCCCUUAUGAUGGUCUCAAACUCGGCAUGGCCUCUGUCCUCUCUACACUCUCUGGAACCAUUGCCAUCAAGCAGUACUUCAGCCCUACCUCAGGUGAAUCCCCACAAUCUCCUCACCUGACUGACAUCGUCAAGCUGGCGCAGGAUUGCUGUUACCAUAGUAACCUGGCCGUAGCAGCCCACGGCAUAACUGUGCUAGUUAACAUAGCCAUCUCUUGCCCUGAGAAAGAUGUUGUGCAGUUGGAGCAGGACACGGUGAUGGGCAUGGAGUCUUUACUGUUGCUGUGCAGUCAGGAUGACCGUGCAUCUGCUCAGUCCACGCUGAAAACGGUGCUUGUGUGUCUGGUGAGGAUGUUGAGGGCGCGUCCUCUUCUCAGUCAGAUGUGUGUGGAGUUCCUCUUGGCCCAGCUGCAUCACUCCUGUGACUCGGCAUGCAUUGCUAUCUGCCACGCUCUGGCCGCCAUUGUUACUCAGCUGCCUGUGCUGGGGGAGAGCAUGCUGGGAAAUCUACUGGAGCUCUACAGCAGUGCCAGUCACAGAAGCUCUGAUAAACAACAGGAACUUUUGGUGUGUUUGGCCACAGUGGUGUUUGUGGCAAGUCAGUCUUCUUUGAGCGCUGAGGUGGAAGCUGUGAUUCGUCCACAGUUGGAAGCCUCAGCUAACGGCUGGACCGUCUACAGAAUUGCACGUCAGGCCUCGCGUAUGGGCUGCCAUGAAUUCUCCGGCGAGCUGUACCAAAGUCUACGCACACGUGUUGCCUCUGAGCACUUCUACUUCUGGCUAAAUGCACUGAUGGAGUUCUCACAGGCCGAGCACUGCCUGACCGGGCUGACUGACGGAGACUACAGCGGAGCCAUCAGUGCCAUCACCGAUGCUCUCCAAUCAUACCAAAAAGGCUUCACUUCUCUCACAGCUGCAAGCACCCCCCUGAGUCCUCUGACGUUCCAGUGUGAGUUCGUGAAGCUGCGUAUUGACACGCUUCAGGCUCUGGCCCAACUUAUCUGCACCUGUAACAGCCUAAAGACGAGUCCUCCACCUGCCAUCGCUGCCAGCAUGGCUCUGUCCUCCGGGAGUGAAUUGCAGCGCUGCGGACGCAUUUCUCAGCAGAUGAAGCUCUCCAUGGAUGAAUUCCGGAGUCUUGCCGGUCGCUACGCUGAUUUGUACCAGUCUUCUUUCGAUGCUGAUUCAGCUACACUCAGAAAUGUUGAGCUGCAACAGCAAAGCUGCUUGCUUAUUUCUUAUGUGAUCGAGGCUUUAAUACUCGACCCUCACACUGCCAGUUUGCAGGACUUUGUCCCACCGAGUUCAGUUCAGGCAGAGAGCAAGUAUGAGCGCAUGAUGCAGUCUGUGUUUAGUCUUGUUCUGGAGGAAGUAGAGUCAUUGAGCAGGAAGCAUCCUCCUGUCUCUUACUUGCACACUGGCUGUCUGUGUGAUGCUGUCAUCGCUCUGCUCAAAGUCCCGCUGUCCUUCCAGAGAUACUUCUUCCAAAAACUGCAGUCAACCAGUAUCAAAUUGGCUCUGUCUCCAUCUCCUCGCACACCCAAUGAGCCAAUCCCGGUGCAGAACACACAGCAGCUCACGUUAAAGGUUGAGGGAGUGAUUCAGCACGGCUCCACGCCUGGCCUCUUCCGCAAAAUCCACUCGGUCUGUCUGAACGCCAGCUCCACACUGCAGUCCAAACCUACUCCUGACUUCAAGAUUCCUCUCGAGUCCAAGACCAAUGAGAUUGAGCAGCAGGUGGAGCCUCAUAAUGACUACUUCAGCACUCAGUUCCUGCUGAACUUUUCUGUGCCGGGGAACCACAGCGUGACGGUGGAGGCGUGUGUGGUGGAUGAGAGUGGUGUACAGUGGAAAACCGGGCCCAAGAGUACAGUGAGCAUUAAAUCAAUGGAGGAUCCGUUCUCACAACAGCUUCGCCAUCAGCAGGCUGUAGCUCAGGCGUCUCAGCGGAACGUCACCGCCCGUUUUCAGUAGCGUUUUAGAUUUUACGUGUAGUCGUGUGGACUGUACAGCUUUAUAAAGGGAGGAAUAAACCAAAAAAGGGAAGAUAACCUGUUUUAACUAGCGCAUUAAUAUAAGCCUGUGAUUUGUCUGGCAGACGGAGCUACUGUCAGAGCUGCUGUUCAACAAAUACUAGGAGCAAAAACGUUAAUGUUCUACUGUAUCAUUUAUACACGACCGACUUUUACACUCCCUGCUGCCAAGGAGGCAAAAUGCAUCUUUAUCGAAAACUUUCUACGCAUCCAGAUCAACCCCAUCCUCCUCUGUCAAAAAUAUGUUCGCCCUUUUAUGGUGAAAAGGAAGAAGUGAGCAGUUCUCUUUCAGAUGAGAACAGAGCUCAGUUACAGCCCUACAAAAGAAGCCCUUUUUGUUUUCAGAGGAAUUAAAAGUAGAGAAUUUUGGAGAAUGAGUCCGAGAAAUGUACUAAAAUCAUAAAAAUUUAAUGUUUUUCUUUUAUGGUUUUUGAAAUCAUUUGUAUGAAAUGAAGAAAAUCUCAUUUGAAAUGUUGCUUCUUUGUUAAAGUCCUUGUGUCGAAUUUAUACAAGAAAUUAACAUAUAACUUAACAUUAAAAUAACAAAGAUGUUGAAGCAACAUAGAUUAUACACUGCCUUGAGGUGUCUGCAGCACAUGUAAUGAUUUCCUGAUGUUUUUGCAUCGCUACAUGCCAAAGCAUAAUAGACACGAGGCUAAUCGGGUUUGUUUAUAAUCAAUUAUGCAGUCAGAAUCAAUUUUCUCACGGGUAUGAAAAAAGACCUCCGCUGCGUAUUUGUAAUAUUAUACCUGUCAUCAUGCAGUUCAUUUAGUAAGCUGAGGGCUGAGGAUGCGAUCUGUACAAUAUGUUCUGUAGUCUGUAAAGCAGCUGUGCUCAUGCAGACUGCUACAUGUACAGUGUAUUUUCCUGCCAGCUGUUAAGUCACUGUACUGCGUGUGUAGACUGCUAACGAUCAGGUAAUCAAGCUUCUGGCAUCUAGAAAUCACUGUUCAGCUUGUGAGAAUGUAGGACAUUGCUGUGUAGCCCCAGUUCAUGCCUAUUCCUUUAAAACACCUCAGCUGCCACUUUUUGUGUCUAUUUCAAGCAUAGCAACUGUUCUACAGUCUGCUCCAUAAACAUAAGGCUCAAUACUGAUGAGCACUGUGAUGAAACUGCAGCGAGACUCGACUUGGAUUCGGGCAUCAUACAAUAUGCGGUACAAUGUGGAUUUGGACAAAGCCACAGUCUGACUGUGAAAUCUCCAAAACACACACACACACACUCCAGAAUGUACACACAUGACUGUGUUUAAGAUGUUACAAGUCGCUAGUCAUUUGAGGGAAAAAAAUCUUUAUUGUUAUUUUAAUGUAUUUGUCUGUUUAGUUUGCUGUUUUAUUUUAAACAUGUUUAUGGUACCGAUUUGCAAA